GGAAAUUUCAGGUUAAAUAGGCCCCUCUUAGAUUUGGCUGUCCUCAGUCAGGAAUAUCUUGUUCCACGUUGUGGAUCAUUUAGACAACCUGAUUCUAGAUCUACAUUCAAUCAAUCUCAAUCCGUCGACUGAACUCGAGGAAACAUGCCAGGUCACGUGAAGGCUGGAGGUUCCAAGGAGCCGGAUCCAGAUCCAACUCCUUAUUUGUUCGUCUCGUUCGAGAUGAAAAAGGAGGACUCGCUGAAGCCGUACGAUCCCAAGAAAUCAGUCUGGGUGUUCAACAAGGAGGAUGGAGGAUACGACGAAGGUCUCAUCCAAGAGGUGAAUGGUGACAAGGCUACGGUGAAGGUUGGCUGGGAAAAUAAGACCUUGAAAGCGGAUGAGCUUCAACAAGUCAACCCGCCCAAGAUGGAACGGUACGAGGACGUUUCCAACUUGACUUACUUGAAUGAUGCUUCCGUCUUGUGGAAUCUUAAAGCCAGAUAUGUGGCCAAAUUGAUCUACACCUAUUCUGGCUUGUUUUGUGUGGUCAUCAACCCUUACGUUCGUUAUCCGAUCUAUACGAACACCGUGGUGAAGUUGUACAUUGGAAAGCGACGGAAUGAGGUCCCUCCUCAUCUUUUUGCCAUUUCUGAUGGAGCUUAUCAACAAAUGAUGAACGAUGCCAAGGAUCAGUCCAUGUUGAUCACGGGCGAGUCUGGUGCGGGUAAGACCGAAAACACCAAGAAGGUCAUCACCUACUUUGCCAUUUUGGGUGCCAAUGACAAGAAAGGACAGGAGAAGAAAGCCAAUUUGGAGGACAGGAUUGUUCAAACUAACCCGAUCUUGGAAUCGUAUGGUAAUGCCAAGACCAUCAGGAAUGACAACUCUUCCCGUUUCGGUAAAUUCAUCCGGAUCUACUUCAAUGCCUCGGGCAAGUUGGCGGGUGGCUUCAUUGACUUCUACUUAUUGGAAAAGUCUCGGGUCACCUAUCAACAACCGGACGAGCGUGGUUACCAUAUCUUCUACCAACUUUUCGAAGAAGGUCCAGUGCCCGGAUUGAAGGAGACUUGCCUCCUGUCUGACGACAUCAAUGACUACUUCUUCCCUGCUCAGGGCAAGCUCAAGGUCGACUCCAUUGACGACAACGAGGAGCUCGAGUUCACCGAUGCUGCCUUUGAUACCCUGGGCUUCAGUUUGACUGAAAAGACUGAUGCCUAUAAGAUCACGGCUGCCAUCAUGCACUUAGGAGAAAUGACUUUCAAGACCAAAGGUCGAGAUGAAGGUUGUGAGCCAGAUGAUAUGGUGCCCGGCGAGAAAGUGGGCACUCUUUGCGGUAUUGAGAACAACCAAUUGUUCUAUGGCAACUUCAUGCGACCCAAGAUCAAGGUGGGCACGGAAUGGGUGUACAAGUCCCAAACGGCCAAUCAAUGCUUGAACGCCAUUGCAGCCUUGGCUAGAUCUAUGUACAAUCGGUUGUUCGCCUGGUUGGUGGAUCUCUGUAAUCGGACAUUGAUCGAUCCGACCAUGAAGAAGGUCAACUUCAUCGGCGUUUUGGAUAUUGCCGGAUUCGAGAUCUUCGAGUUCAAUACCUUUGAGCAAAUCUGUAUCAACUUCUGCAAUGAGAAACUUCAACAAUUCUUCAACCAUCACAUGUUCGUUCUCGAGCAGGAAGAAUACGUCCGGGAAGGCAUCGAAUGGGAGAUGGUAGACUUUGGGAUGGACCUGGAAGCCACCAUUCAAUUGAUGGAAAAGCCCAUGGGUCUCCUGGCCAUUCUCGAGGAAGAGACCUUGUUCCCCAAGGCAACGGAUAAGUCCUUUGAAGACAAAUUGAAAGAGAACCUCUUGGGCAAAUCUCCAGUGUUUCUGAAGAAACAACCCGGUAGCAAGGACAAGAAUGCUCAUUUCGCCAUUGCUCAUUAUGCCGGGGUGGUCAAUUACAACUUGACCAACUGGUUGGAUAAGAACAAGGACCCCUUGAACGACACCGUUGUGGACCAGCUGAAAAAGUCCACGAACGAAUUGGUUGUUUACUUGUUCCGAGAUCAUGCCGGACAACCCGAUGAAGACGUCAAGAAGGGUAAAGGAGGGCCAAAGAAGGGCAAGGAUAAGACCUUCAAGACCGUCUCAUCUGCCUUCAAGGCACAAUUGGACGCUCUUCUGAACACUCUCAAUGCCACCGAUCCACAUUUCAUCCGGUGUAUCGUACCAAAUACCCACAAGCAGGCGGGAGUCGUUGAUCCCCGAUUGGUACUCCAUCAACUGACUUGCAACGGCGUUUUGGAAGGGAUCAGGAUUUGUCGUCGAGGUUUCCCCAAUCGUACCCUCUAUCACGAUUUCAAGCAUCGCUUCGUCAUCCUCAACCCGAAAAAGAUGUACGGAGCUGGAACAGAUUUCAAAGCCGGUGCCAGAGCUAUUUUGGAGGAACACAGAGACUUGGACGACCGUUGGCGUUUGGGUCACACCAAAGUGUUCUUCAGAGCAGGAACAGUGGGUAUCUUGGAGGAGCUUCGGGACAACAAAAUCAAAGGCAUCGUUGUUAACAUCCAAGGCAUUGCUCGAGGUUAUGUAGGACGCAAGUUAUUCAAGAACGAGGUUACCAAGAGGAAGCUCAUAAACGUGCUUCAGCGUAACUUCCGCAAGUUCCUGUUCUUCCGUGACUGGCAAUGGUAUUUCCUCAUCAAUCAUACCAAGCGGUUCAUUGGCCAAAGGAAUGUGGAGGAGGAGAUUGCAGCCUUGGAGGCUGAAGCCGCUGUCUCUUGCGCAGAGUUUGACAGGGAAAUGGCAUUGAAGGACAAAUUCGAAAAGCAUAAUAAGGCCUUAGAGGGUGAAAAGACCGCCAUGUUGGACGAUAUUUCCCAGUCCCAAGGUGACUUGGGUUCCUAUCAGCAAGAUCUGGCCAAAGUCAGUACUCAAAGGUCCGAGUUGGAAUCCGCGCUCCAAACUGCUCAAGAGCGUCUGGCUAAUGCGGAGCGAGAACGAGCUGCUAUCAAUGACAAGAAACGUCGAUUCGAGGGCGACUUGGGAAGCUUCAAAAAAGACAUUGAAGACAUGGAAUUGAAACUUCAACGAGCUGAGCAAGAGAAGACCAACAAAGAUCACACCAUUAGAAGCAUGAACGAUGAGAUCGCUGCCCAAGAUGAAGUUAUUAACAAGCUAAACAAGGAGAAAAAACACGUCCAAGAAAGCCAAGGAAAGCAAUCUGAGGAUCUUACCAUGUCCGAGGAGAAAUUGGAGCACUUGAACAAGAUCAAAGCCAAGCUCGAGCAGACUCUGGAUGAGAUGGAAGACUCCUUGGAGCGUGAGAAGAAAGCACGAUUGGAUACCGACAAAGCCAGGAGGAAGGUCGAAGGCGAUCUGAAGGUGGCCCAAGAACAAGUCACCGAUCUUGAGCGAGCCAAAAAGGAGAUUGAGAACUCGAUUUCGAAAAAAGAGAAAGAGAUCACGGAACAAUCCAAUCGCUUGGAAGAAGAUCAAAGCCAGGUAUCCAAGCUCCAAAAAGCCAUCAAAGAAAUGCAAAGCAGAAUUGAAGUAUGUGAAGAUGAGCUGGAAGCCGAAAGACAAGCCCGUGCUAAAGCUGAGAGGCAAAAGAGCGAUCUUGCUCGAGAAUUGGAUGAUCUGGCGGAGAGGCUGGAUGAGGCCGGAGGAGCUACCUCGGCCCAGAUGGAGCUCAACAAGAAGCGCGAGGCCGAACUAGCUAAGCUGAGGCGUGACCUCGAGGAAGCCACUAUUCAACACGAGUCCACGUUGGCCUCGUUGAAGAAAAAACACAUGGAUGCAGUGGCUGAGAUGUCUGAGCAAGUGGACCAACUGAAUAAGAUGAAGCAAAAGAUUGAGAAAGAGAAGCACGCCAAGAAACUGCAGAUCGAUGAAGUCAAAUCUGCUCAAGAUUCCGUUGCCAAUGAGAAGGCAUCCGUGGAAAAACACAACAAAACUUUGCAAUCCCAGCUCAUGGAUCUAACGAGAAAGUGCGAUGAAGCCAAUCUAACCUUGUCCGACUUUGAAAAUACCAAGAAAAAGAUCGUAAUGGAAAAUGCUGACUUCCUCAGACAACUUGAAGAGCUGGAGGGCAACAACAAUACUCUCGAAAAGGUCAGAGCAAAUCUAGCGGCUCAACUAGAUGAGCAACGAAGAAUCGCCGACGAUGAGAGCAAGGAGCGAUCGUUCUUACUUGGAAAAUUCCGAAAUCUCGAACAUGAAGUGGAUCUGAUCAGGGAGCAAAUGGAAGAGGAACACCAAGCCAAAAAUGAUAGCACUCGUCAAUUGGCAAAGGCCAAUGGAGAUGUCAAUUAUUGGCGCCAGAAAUACGAAAAAGAAGGUCUUGCCCGUGCUGAAGAGCUCGAGGCCGCCAAGAUGAAGCUGCAAUCGCGGUUGGCUGAAGCCCAAGGAGUGGUAGAAACCUUGAACUCCAAGGCGGUCAAUCUUGAAAAGGAGAAGGCUAGCCUUCAAAGCCAAAUCGAGGAUAUGUCUGCCAAUAUGGAUCAAGCCAGCCAGAGGUGCCAUCAAAUGGAAAAGAAGGCCCGAAACUUUGACCGCAUUGUCGCCGAAUGGAAGACCAAGAUCGAUUCCCUUCAAGGGGAAUUGGACCGGAUUCAAGUGGAAUGUCGAUCCUACUCCACGGACCUGUUCAAGGUCAAGACUGCCUAUGAGGAGAACCAGCAGCACUUGGAAACUGUGCGAAAGGAAAAUCGAGCCCUUAGUGGCGAGAUCAAGGACAUCAUGGAUCAGAUCAGCGAAGGGGGUAGGAACAUCCACGAGAUUGACAAGAUCCGAAAACGCCUUGAGAAUGAAAAGUUGGAACUGCAAGCCGCUUUGGAAGAAGCCGAGGCGGCCUUGGAACAAGAAGAGAAUAAAGUACUGCGCUCCCAAUUAGAACUAUCUCAAGUGAAACAAGAGAUUGAGCGACGAAUCAAGGAGAAGGAAGACGAAUUUGAUGCCAUCCGCAAGACGCACCAAAAGGCCUUGGACGGCAUGCAACAGUCCCUCGAGGCUGAAACCCGAGCCAAGACCGAAGGCCAAAGAAUGAAGAAGAAACUUGAAGCCGAUAUCAAUGAGCUUGACAUUGCCUUGGAACACGCUAACGCUGCCAAUGCCGAAGCCCAUCGAACCAUCAAGAAGUACCAACAACAAAUCAAGGAGGCCCAGGGUGAGCUCGAACACGAGCAAGCUACCCGUGAUCAAGCCCGUGAGGACUUGAUCGUCUCUGAGAGACGAGCUCACGCUGUCCAAAAUCAAUUGGAGGAGACCAAAACUCAAUUGGAACAAGCUGAUCGAUCCCGACGAUCUGCAGAGCAAGAUCUUACCGACGUUAUGGAACAACUAUCCACGGGCAGUCUUCACAACCAAUCUCUGAAUGCUAGCAAAAGGAAGCUGGAGUCUGAGAUGCAAACCUUGCACACCGAAUUGGAGGAGAUGCUGGCUGAAGCCCGCAUUUCAGAGGAGAAGGCUAAAAAGGCCAUGAUCGAUGCGGCUAGAUUAGCAGAAGAAUUAAGAGCUGAACAAGAGCGAGCUCAAUAUUUGGAACGCGAUCGUCGCGGUUUGGAUGCUCAAGUCAAGGAUAUGCAAACCAAAUUAGAUGAGGCCGAGCAAUUGGCUUUGAAAGGAGGCAGGAAGAUUUGCCAACGUUUGGAUCAGCGAAUCAAGGAAUUGGAAACCAACCUUGACGAUGAGCAACGGCGAAUGGUCGAGCAUCAAAAGAACCAACGCCGGAUUGAGCGUCGAGCUAAGGAAUUAGCGUUCCAACAAGACGAAGAUUAUAAGAACCACGAAAGGAUGCAGGAACUGGUGGAUAAGCUUCAGAAUAAGGUGAAAUCCUAUAAGAAACAAAUUGAGGAAGCCGAAGAGAUCGCCGCCCUCAACCUUGCCAAGUACCGAAAGGUUCAAAGUGAAUUGGAACAAGCUGAGGGGCGUGCUGACUUGAACGAACAAGUUUUGGCCAAGUACAAAGCCAGAGGGCGCUCCAUGUCAGCGCAACCCAUGUAAAUCCUACAGCUUGAGGUCCUUUGGUUGAAGAUAGUCCGGUCGUAGUGGAAUAAAUUGCCCAAGUCCAAUGAAAAUAAACUCAGCUUUACAGUUA